ACCGCCAGAUCACCCAACCUACAUCGAGCGAACAAACCAUUCACUUGCUGUGAAUGUAUUCCCGCUCACUCCACUCUGGUAUAUUCCUGCACCUACGAUUCAAAACAAUUAGUUCUGCAUCUGAAUCUGCCUGCUGUAGAGUUCGAGCUCCUCGUUUCUCAAUUUCGGCUUGUUCGUUCCUCAACUCUUCACUGAUUAUCGCUUAGUGUGAUUUCAGACGCCAUGGCCGACGAGAUCCCUCUGAAAGAUCAGCUAGACAUUGUCAUUCCUACCAUUCGUAACCUUGAUUUCCUUGAGCAAUGGCGGCCUUUCUUCGAGCCAUACCAUCUGAUCAUAGUCCAGGAUGGGGAUCCCACAAAGGUCAUCAAGGUCCCUUCUGGCUUCGACUACGAGCUCUACAACAGAAAUGACAUCAACCGGAUCCUCGGCCCGAAGGCGUCGUGCAUCUCGUUCAAGGACAGCGCGUGCAGGUGCUUCGGCUUCAUGGUGUCGAAGAAGAAGUACAUCUACACGAUCGACGACGAUUGCUUCGUUGCCAAAGAUCCCUCCGGAAAGGACAUCAACGCGCUUCAGCAGCACAUCAAAAACCUGCUAUCCCCAUCCACGCCUUACUUCUUCAACACGCUGUACGAUCCGUACAGAGAGGGGGCUGACUUCGUCCGAGGCUACCCCUUCAGCCUCAGGGAAGGCGUUUCGACAGCGGCGUCGCACGGCCUGUGGCUCAACAUCCCUGACUACGACGCUCCCACCCAGCUCGUCAAGCCCAGCGAGAGGAACAAAAGAUACGUCGAUGCGGUGAUGACGAUUCCCAAGGGAACCCUCUUCCCCAUGUGCGGGAUGAACCUGGCGUUCGACCGCGAGCUCAUUGGGCCAGCCAUGUACUUCGGGCUCAUGGGCGACGGGCAGCCGAUCGGACGAUACGAUGACAUGUGGGCGGGCUGGUGCAUGAAGGUGAUUUGCGAUCAUUUGGGUCUUGGAGUGAAGACUGGAUUGCCGUACAUUUGGCACAGCAAGGCCAGCAAUCCGUUUGUCAACCUGAAAAAGGAGUAUAAGGGCAUCUUCUGGCAGGAAGACAUCAUCCCCUUCUUCCAACAAGUGAAGUUGCCCAAGGAGGCGACAACAGUAGAGCAAUGCUACCUGGAACUUGCUAAACAGGUGAAGGACAAGCUCUCUUCGUUGGACCCGUACUUCGCCAAGCUAGGGGACGCUAUGGUGACGUGGAUUGAGGCCUGGACAGAGGUGAACGCGAAGGCUCCUGCAUCUGCCUCCCCUGCCAAAGCCAAGCUAGCUGCUAAGUAGGUCUUGACUUCAUUUACCGUGAAAUCAGUAGCUUUCUCAGCACUUUUUUAAUUACCGCGGAAGGCAUAAGAUUUUAUAGAUUCCUUGAAAGAUAGUAUUGUAACAAUCGCGCCCACUGUAUUAAAACACUGUCACUUAAGUGGAUCAAGAAAUGGCGGGAAAUAAC